CGGUGCGGGCAGCGGGUCGGAGUGCGGGUCCCGGGCCAGAAAAGAAACGUUUUACUGAAGGGGAGCCGCCACCGAGCGUAGGGCGCCGAGGUGCGGUUGUGUGGGCGCGGGAACGGGGCUUUUCGGAGUGCGCUGCGCAACCUUAUGGCCUGGAGUGCCCCUAACAACGUGUCCUUUUAAAUUAUUGUUGGUUUUAUUAUCAUCAUUAUUAAAGUCUAUGGAUUCCAAAUAGCUUCCACUUCACGAUGCUGGACGUUUCGUCUGCAGCGCUUGCCCCGCAAUCUCGGCUCAUUUUCGCUAAGCAAUACAAGUUCACGGACGAGCUACCCAGCCAGCCCUCCUCUCCCGUCAUGGACCUCCCAGGCUGCUGCGCGCCGCCCGCCCUCUGAGGAGGCUCCUUCGCCCUUCGCGGACAAGGAGGAGGAGGCGGAGGAGGAGAAGGGGAGGAAGGCGCGGCCCCAGCCGCCGCUGCCCAGCCGGCGUCCCGCAGAGCUCUGGCCGCAGGGCGCCGAGGCGGCAGCAGGCGCGCAGCCCCCUCCGCCUCCCCGCGCGCGUCCGCCGGCGGCGGCGCGGGGCGCCCGCAUGGCGGCGGCGAGCAGGAGCGGCGGCGGUCCGGCGCUGGGCAUGGGGCGGUGGCGGCGGGGGGCGCUGCCGGAGCCGGCGGGCGGCUGCUGCUGCUGCCUGGCGGCGGCGCUGCCGCUGCUGCUGCUGCUACUGCCCGCCGGGUGUCCGGUGCGGGCGCAGAACGACACGGAACCCAUCGUCCUGGAAGGGAAGUGCCUGGUGGUGUGCGACUCCAGCCCCUCGGCCGACGGCGCCAUCACAUCCUCCCUGGGGAUCUCGGUGCGCUCGGGCAGCGCCAAGGUAGCCUUCUCGGCCACCCGCAGCACCAACCACGAGCCCUCCGAGAUGAGCAACCGCACCAUGACCAUCUACUUCGACCAGGUAUUAGUUAAUAUUGGCAACCAUUUUGAUCUUGCUUCCAGUAUAUUUGUAGCACCAAGAAAAGGGAUAUAUAGUUUCAGUUUCCACGUGGUCAAGGUCUAUAACAGACAAACCAUCCAGGUAAGUUUAAUGCAAAACGGCUACCCAGUGAUUUCAGCUUUUGCAGGGGAUCAGGAUGUCACGAGAGAAGCAGCCAGCAAUGGGGUCUUGCUCCACAUGGAAAGAGAAGACAAAGUGCAUCUCAAACUGGAAAGGGGCAACCUCAUGGGAGGGUGGAAAUAUUCAACCUUUUCUGGCUUCUUAGUAUUUCCACUAUAAAAGAAGGCCAAAUAGGAGACAAAUCCAUGAGCCCGAGCACGGAUUCAAUCGUUAACAACAUCCUGAACUUGGCAGCACAUGACAAUAUUUCCAGUCACUCCGUCAGACUGUCACGGUAGAAGAAUGAUAACCUUCUAAACUCCAAUAUUUGCUUUGAGUAUUGACAAUUCCUCGGGAACCUGCGCCUCUAAUUAGUUUUAGACGACAGUGAUCUUUAGGAGAAAUGAAAUUAUCGACCUGAGCAAUUUGUACCUGUGAUUGUAAAGUCAAUUUUGGAUUUUAUUGUUGGGAUCAUUGACUUUCUGCCCUUUUUUUUUUUUUUCCUCUUUCAUUUUUUUCCCUCUUUUUCUUUCUCUUCUUGUUGUCCCAAUGAGACAAAUAACUUGGACCACAAAUCGCUUUGUCAAAGGCUCGCUCCAGAGCCAGAAGAAUGAAGUGUUCAGCCCAAUGAGGUGUUCUUCCCAUCCUUUAUUUCUUUGUGUUGUAUAGCCUUAAGGAAAAAAAAAAAAAAAAAAAAAAAGAAAAAAAAAGAAAAGAAAAAAAAGAA